CACCAGGUCAAGCACUGAUUCUGCAAAGAAGCUGACCACGUCCUGACAUCAUGACCAACUCGUCUUUGCUCAUUUUUGCUCUUGCACUUUUCGCCAGGUGUGCCGUUCACUCGGCAACCCUCGCUUUGCCCGCAGGCAGAAUGGAAGAAGACAGGACAGGCCAAAGCAGUUGGAGUUCAGUGUUGGGGGAAGUAAUGAAUGCAGUGGAGACCGGUGCUCUCUCAAGACUCCCCCUCAUAGAGGGAAGACUGGCUGAUGAGGAUGGGAUGAAGAGGAUCUUCAUCCUUUCAGAUUUGGGAUCGAAGGGGGCCGCCAGGAGUGACCCAAGCUCCACCUUAGGCCGAGCCUUCCCUUUCCUGUCGCCGUUGAGAACGGACCGCGCUCCUGCUGGAACCCUGAAAGAUGAGCGACGUGAUGCAGAUGACCUCAUCUCCAUGGCCAGGAGAGACUUGGACAGUACACUGCUUCGGUGCAUGAUCGGGAGAGUGUACCGACCCUGCUGGCAAGCUUGAGACCAGUUCAGAUGACCACAGCUAACCUGGGAACUGCUUCUUUCUCACCAUGACCACUGUCCUCUGCUCUGUUCUACUGUAUUGUGUUCUGUAUUUACAAGCAAAUAAAGAACAAAGAGCGCUGUACAGCUUAAAAA